ACUUGGAAUGAGUUCUAAAGACCAUCACGUGGACAGUCACCAGGCUGGCCACUCACCAUCGAGAAGAAACAGUCACGUCAUCGACGCCAGCCACAACGUAACUCACCACCAGCAUCAGCACCAACCCCAUCCGGACGGGCAAGCUUACCACGGGCCCGAAAGAAUCCGUCGCUUGAGUCAACACUCUAAGGAAACCACCUUUACGGGUCUAAGUUACCAAAGUCACCAUCUCGAAGUGGGUGACAAGGAACACAGAAGGACAAGUCGUUAUUCCUUUAGCACUGAAGGGGGAGAUCAUCAUGACGGCCUACGAAGGGCAAGUCAAUUUAGCCGAGACAACUAUCUAAAAAAUUCUCUAGGGAGACAUCACGGGAGAAGAAGUAUCUAUCGUAGAGAAGUAAGUAGUUUCAGUUUUAUUGAUCUACCACAAACCACUUAAAUAGGCCAACAAAGC